UCGGAUAGGAACCAAGUUGGUAGUUGUUUCCCCAGUUGGGGUCGGUGCUGUCAUUGAAUGGGCAUAUCAAAAUGGCGGAUCAAGAAGUCUCGGUGAGGGAGUUCGUUGCUGUUACAGAUGUUGAUGAGGAGAGGGCCCGUUUUUUCUUGGAGUCUGCCGGCUGGGAUUUGCAGCUUGCCCUGGCCAGUUUCUUUGAAGAUGGUCCUGAGGAUGACAUCGUGACACUUCCUCAGCCAGAGAGUGGUGGAUCCUCUGUGCCUCGUCCUACAGGGCCCAGGAGUGAAAAUAGGGUGACCUCCUUCAGAGAUAUGAUGCAUGAGGAAGUAGAUGACAGUGAUGAGGAGGAAGGGCAAAGGUUCUUUGCUGGGGGCUCUGAACGCAGUGGGCAGCAGAUAGUGGGACCCCCCAAAAAGAAGAGCUCUAAUGAGGUGGUGGAGGACCUCUUCAAGGGGGCUAAGGAGCAUGGGGCUGUGCCCGUGGAGAAGGCUGGGAGGGGCCCAGGAGAGCCUAGUCGAGCCAGGCCCUUUAUUGGUGGUGGCUACCGGCUAGGUGCAGCGCCUGAGGAGGAGCCUGUUUACGUGGCUGGGGAGAGAAGAGCAGCUAACAGCCAGCAGGAUAAGGUGCAUGUAGUCCUGAAGCUGUGGAAGACAGGUUUCAGCCUGGAUGACGGUGAACUCAGAAACUACAGCGACCCUGGCAACGCCAUCUUCCUGGAGUCCAUCCGCAGGGGGGAGAUUCCUUUGGAGUUGAGGCAGCGUUCCCGGGGGGGUCAGGUCAACUUGGAUAUGGAGGACCAUCGGGACGAGGACUUCUCCAAACCCAAGGUUGCCUUCAAGGCAUUCGGUGGGGAAGGACAGAAACUGGGCAGUGCAACCCCUGAGCUAGUGUCUACUCCGUGUAUGGGAGAUCAGGACCAGGUAGCCAGUGAGGCCCAGGCCAUCACCUCUGUAAACCUGGACGACUCCAAGCCUGUGACCAACAUCCAGAUCAGACUGGCCGACGGGGGGAGGCUGGUGCAGAAGUUUAACCACACUCACAGGGUGUCAGACGUGCGUCAGUUUGUGGUGGGAGCUCGCCCUUUGAUGGCGGCGACAGAGUUUGUGCUCAUGACAACCUUCCCCAACAAGGAGCUGACUGACGAGAGCCAGUCGCUGCAGGAUGCCAACCUGCUCAACGCAGUCAUUGUGCAGCGGCUAAAGUGAUGGAGCCCCCUGGUGGCCUUGCUGGUUCACAGCUCUUUUACCCCCCAUGAGGGAUGAGACACCAUGGACUUAUGGACUUCUUUUUUUUUUUUUUCUAUAGUGAUGAUACAUUUUCCCUCUUCAGCUGUUUGCGAGGGGAAGUGGGGAGCGGAUAAGGCUUUGAUGAAAGACAGAUCUGGUGGUUAAACCUGUUUAGAAAGUAGUAGUUGAACAUGCACAGUAACAAUAAAGCUUUCUUAACAGUC